UUUUUUAGUAUUUUCAGGCUUAUAAGCCCAUUUUGGGUGCUCCAAACGGCCCCUCAGAUUUGGGCUUCAAGAGAAUGGUAUAGUGCGUUAGCCUGAGUGGCUAGUAUGUUCUUAAAAAUGACAGGCCCUCCUCCAUUCCUAAACCCGUAGCAAGCAGUGGAUCGAAAAUGAAACACUCGUCAAUCUUCAGAACCAUUUGCCACUGCACUCGUGAUGUUAAGCUCCUUUCCCGUCAUAAGCCAACCCCUGUCUACUUCCUAACACAGCAACUCUCCGGUGGUCCUUCCUUUUUUAUCCACAAUCGUUACUUCAGCGGCGAAAAUCCCAACCCUAAUUCCCCAAUUCCACAGCCAAAUUCGGAGCAAUUGGAUGCCGUGUCGUCCCUAGCCCCCGACCUCAGCAAUGAAGCGUUGAAGAAGAAGAUUGAGCGGCUCGUUGAGGGGGAUGGAGAAGCGAUUCCCGAAAUAUUUGAAGCCAUAUUAAAGAGGAAGCUAAGCGGUAAAAGUGACGAGGAAGAUGAGGAGCUGAUGAAAUAUAUUCGCAGCAAUCCUAAACCCGACCGGGAAAGCCACUUUGACUGUAGUGAUGAAGAGUUUGAUUAUAGUAGCGAAGAGGAUGACGAAUUACACUGAGUAGAAUUCUCAGAAAAAUGUUUUAUCAAUGUCGGGGUUAUUAUCUGAUCAUGAUGAUCGGCUCUUUCUCAUGCCUUGAAAAGUUCUUUGAAGUCUCUGGAUUUAUUAUUAUUUCAUGAAACAAACUACUUACGAGUAUUUUUUUUUUUUUUUUUUUUUGACUACUUACGAGUAUAUGUGAAAGGGUAUCUUUUUAGAUAUGCAAUAUUCCCUUCCUACCGAAAUGUUUUUAGAAAUGCUUUCGUUUUGAGUUGUCUCAAAUUAAUUUUCCUAC